AUGGCUCCUGUCGCUAACGGAAACAAUGCCGUCAAUGGCCAUGCUGCGAACGGCAAUGGCGCCAACGUGCCCAUCAACCCGACCAAUGCUCGUCACGAGCAGCGCGAGUUCAUCCGAGUCAACUCGGACAAGGUUCAGUACACUCCCGAGGCCAUCACCUCCAACUACGAGUACCUCAACACUCACGUUGAAAAGGUCAAUUACGACGAUGGCACCACCGAGUACGUUGCUACUCCCAUCCAGCGUCAGUACCAGUUCAAGACCGAACGCAAGCUUCCUCGCACCGGUCUCAUGAUGGUCGGUUGGGGUGGUAACAACGGUACCACCAUCACCGCUACCAUCCUUGCCAACAAGCACAACAUCACUUGGCACAACAAGGACGGACUCCAGGUGCCCAACUACUACGGAUCGCUCGUUCGUGCUUCCACCAUCCGUCUCGGUACCAACCCUGCUACCGGUAAGGAUGUCUGGGUUCCUUUCUCCAACGUCUUGCCCAUGGUUCAUCCUAACGACCUUGUGCUUGGUGGUUGGGAUAUCUCGGGUUUGCCCAUGGACCAGGCUAUGACUCGUGCCAAGGUUCUCGACUAUGAUCUUCAGCGUCAGGUUGCUCCUUACAUAGCCGAGAUGAAGCCUCUCGCUUCCGUCUACUACCCUGACUUUAUCGCUCAGAACCAGGAGGAGCGUGCUGACAACACCCUUCCCGGUGACUCCAAGGCUGCUCACGUCGACCAGAUCCGUGCCGACAUUCGCGAGUUCAAGCGUCAGAACAACCUCGACCAGGUCAUCGUUGUUUGGACCGCCAACACCGAACGUUACUCCGAGAUCAUCCCCGGUGUCAACGACACUGCUGAUAACUUGCUCAAGUCGGUCAACGAGAACCACGCCGAAGUCUCACCUUCAACCGUUUUCGCCAUUGCCUGCAUCCUUGAGAAUGCUCCUUACGUCAACGGUGCUCCUCAGAACACCUUCGUUCCGGGUUGCAUCGAGCUUGCUGAGAAGCACAAGGCUUUCAUUGGUGGUGACGAUCUCAAGACUGGUCAGACCAAAGUCAAGUCCGUCCUUGCUGAAUUCCUCGUCAAUGCCGGUAUCAAGCCUCUCUCGAUCGCCAGUUACAACCACUUGGGUAACAACGAUGGCUACAACUUGAGCUCUCAACGUCAGUUCAAGUCUAAGGAGAUUUCCAAAUCUUCCGUCGUCGACGACUGUUGUGCUGCCAACCAUCUUCUCUACAAGCCCGCCGUUGCUGGUAAGAAGACUGCAGAUGGUAAAGCCGACAAAGGCGAACACCCUGACCACUGUAUCGUCAUCAAGUACCAACCUGCUGUGGGUGAUCAGAAGGUUGCUAUGGACGAUUACACCAGCGAACUUUGCAUGGGUGGCCGCAACCGUCUCUAUGUCACCAACCUGUGCGAGGACUCUCUUCUCGCUUCGCCUCUUCUGCUGGACUUGACCAUCCUGGCCGAGUUGAUGACCAGGAUCACUUACAGGAGCGAGGGCGAUAAGGAGGGAGAAUGGAACUCGAUGUACUCGGUUCUUUCGCUCUUGAGCUACUCGUUGAAGGCUCCUGUUGUCAAGCCGGGAACUGACGUUGUAAACUCGUUGAACAGACAGCGGGCCGCUUGUACUAACUUCAUGAGGGCUUGUCUCGGCUUGGCUCCCGAGAGCGAUUUGUUGCUCGAGACUCGGGUUUGGUAA